AUGAAGAAUUUUGUUGUAACCCGCGCUCUGCUGGUCAUGUUCCUGGUGCUGGCCGAGUACUCGGCAGCCCAGAAGCUUGGCCUCUGUCCUGAUUUCGCUGGCCUGAAGGUCAAGUGCGUCGAUGAAUGCGGCGACGAUUCUCAAUGCCUCGGCGACGAGAGAUGCUGCAGCAACGGAUGCGGCCACGUGUGCGUAGCCCCCACCGAGGUGAUCGUGGAUAGAGCUGCUGCAGUGCUUCGUGGCAAGCCGGGCCUGUGCCCCUUCAUGCCCCGUGUCCACGUGCUGUGCCUCGCCAACGCGGAGAUUCGCUGCGUCACGGACCGCGACUGCCCCUGCGACCAGAAAUGUUGUGACGUCCACUGCGGACGCAGCUGUGUGAAUCCUCUACUAGGCGUGGUGAAGGUUGGUCAAUGCCCGCCCGUGAGCAUCACCAACGUCUCGGUGUCCUUUUCCGAGUGGGACCAGUGCUCCAACGAUGUCCACUGCCCACAAUGCUACAAGUGCUGCUUCUCGCGCCGUGGCAGGCAGUGCACGCCGCCCAUGCCUGGCACCGUGCCCAAGGUGGGCGUCUGUCCGUUCGUGAACACGCGAAGCAUCUUGUGCGUCGAAGCCAGGGACCGGUGCUUGGACGACAACCAGUGCCCGUGCACCCAGAAGUGCUGCACCGCCCUCUGCGGACGCCACUGCAUCGACGCGCCUCGCGAAAUCGUGAAGAAGGGCGUCUGCCCCUUUGUGGACACGUCCGUCAUCCGGUGCGGGAGACCCAUCGUCAACUGCUUCAGCGACAAUGACUGCCCGUGCAACCUCAAGUGCUGCAACAUGGGCUGCGAGAGGCGCUGCGUUGGGCCAGUGAGCGUGCCCAAGACCGGCGCUUGCCCUGCCGCCAGUCCCAUCGCCGCCCAAUGCCUGCGCUUCGACCAGCAGUGCGUCUCCGACGAUGACUGCUCCGACGAGCUCAAGUGCUGCGACGUCCCGUGCGGCACCAGAUGUAUCGAGCCUCGUGAAGUGAGGCCGGGUUCAUGUCCUAGGGCACGGAUUCCGGACACUACGGUUUGCUAUCGCGAGUGCCAGUCGGAUGACAACUGCAGCCAGCCGCUCAAGUGCUGCGCCUCGGGCUGUUCGCUCAGCUGCCUGAUGCCUGAGCUGGAACCUUGA